CAUCUGUCUCCUUUCAAAUUCUUCAAUCGCUUCGGUGGUAGUGCGUAUGAUCGACAUUGUCUGUAAGGGCUAGUGUUGUCCUCAGCUCCGGAUGUUAACGCCUGACAAAUGGGCGAAGAUUGAUAUCGACACGUUCCGUGCAACAUCCCAAGAUGGUGAGAGGGUAUCACUUGGAGUUCCACGUUGGGCAGCCAGUCAGCACCAAUGCAAGGUCACCAGCACGCGAUGGUACUCCAUUGCACCCUCUUCAACGCCCAGCGUUCGUUGUGGCACCGAGAAAGGACUCACCCAACGCUCCUACCGGCCUCUCCGGUGUCACAAACGUUGGCGCUGGUUUUUGUGGGAAACGUUCUUCCGCCAACACCAGUCUGUGCUCAAUUUGUCGCGCAUGUGCUCCAUCACGCGGGGCUCCCCUUCUAGAAGCGGUUCAUCGAGACGCGUGGGAAUCACGCUUAUUGUUCGCGGGUGUAAACAGCGCGUGCAAGAAACAAAGGUAAUAUACCAGCAGACGUGUUGCUUGGGACCAUGGCGGUUAGGGUACCUGCGUUAAACAACAGGAAGCUAGAGAGAUCCUGCGUCAUCUGCCCCGCGCUCCAACGGCCGAUAUCACCCCACUUAAACACCUGGAAUCGAUCAGCGCACCGCAUUCGCUACCGCAAAGCUCCUGCGGUCACAUGCGGUUCUGCCAUCCUGUUCCCUAGCACAUUAUUUCUCUGUCUCCAAGUGAC